AGCUUGUAUUGUGUUUAUAUUUUGUCUAGAGUUUCCUUGCAUAGUAUAAAACAAAAUAAGCUCUAGUUGGUAGAGAUGAUAUUGUUAUAAGACAAAUCACUGCUUGUAAGUAUAGUUAAGGUAUUGGAACCUAUUCUCGACCACUUUAUUUUUUGAAUGUAUUCCCGAAAAAUCAAAGUAAAUAUGAACCCUUUGCCGAACCUAUUCUCAUCCAGUUGAACCUAUUCUUGACCGCUCUGAACUUAUUCUGGUUCGUUUGGGAAAACAGCAAGGAAAAAUUGUUGAAUUUUUAGCUAAGAUACCACAGACAAUUAUCUCUGAUAAAUGUAGUUUGCAAAAGAAACUGACAUUACGCGUGCGUGUCACGCUGAGGCUGAAACAAAGGCCAGAAAGCACCCUGGGACACCAACAACAGAAUGGGAGAUUGGCCGAGCGAUUUUCAUCACAAUCGGUGGGUUGGUGUGGCAACAUGGAAAUGGAUGGCAAACGACGAUAACUGUGGUAUCUGCCGCAUGCCAUUUGAUGGUUGCUGUCCAGAUUGCAAGGUCCCUGGCGAUGACUGCCCUCUAGUAUGGGGAAGAUGUUCUCACGUGUUUCAUAUGCACGUAUUCUCAAGUGGCUCAACUCACAACUCCAUCAACAACUGUGCCCUAUGUGUCGCCAGGAGUGGCAGUUCAAAGAAUAAUCUAACAUCAACUAAGUUUACGCCCAAUAGAAAAUGAUCUUAUUACAGCAAUCUCUUCAAUGUGUUGUGUUAUCAGCACUGGAAAAUGAUAUUUUCUAUAACGUUACAUGUCCAUGUGCGCUAUUGCAGUGGCAGCACUGAAAUGUCAUUUGUUUCAAUGAUACAGUACACAUGCAGUACAGUAAACUGCUACUUCCCAGAUGAAACUAUCCUGCGUAGCGAGCCCAAAGAGUUGGGGAAGAAGACAGACGAGACGAGGUUAUGCGCGCGCGCCUCGUCUUUCCUAGCGCGCACAACUCGUCUCGUCUUUCUCCUUUCCAACCCUUUCGGCUUGAUAUGCAGGCUAAGAUGAAACUGGAUACUCUUGGAGGCAUUGUAGCAAUCUUCGUAGUAAAAGGCUUUAGAUAUCGUGCUGCAGAAGUGACUUACAAACAAUGAACGCUUAUUUCAAAUAAGAUUGCACUCGUAAGUUUCGGGAUGUCUGUGACGUGCCUCCCCCAGGCACGCUUUGCGCGUCACAGGAAUUCCGAAACUCCGAAAAUUGUAAUUUGCGAAUAAACCAACUGUAAAGCCGGCUAGCAGGCUUGUUACAACUGUAUGUUGGAAUAAAGCCCGUACAAACAGC